CAUGAAGAAACCCUAAUCUCAUAUAAUAACAACUAGUACUGCAAACGCAGCCUCCCUCUUCCUUUUCCCCCUUCCCCUUUCCCCUUAGUUUCACAGAUCUUUGUGUAAUCAAGAAUGGUGACUACCGGGAAGAAAUCGAAGAGGACCCAUGAGAGCAUCAACAACAGAUUGGCUCUCGUAAUGAAGAGUGGCAAGUACACUCUUGGUUACAAGACUGUGCUCAAGACUCUCAGGACCUCAAAAGGGAAGUUGAUAUUGAUAUCAAACAACUGCCCACCUUUGAGGAAAUCUGAGAUUGAGUAUUAUGCUAUGCUUGCUAAAGUUGGUGUUCACCAUUUCAAUGGAAACAAUGUUGAUCUUGGAACAGCAUGUGGAAAGUUCCACCGUGUGUCAUGCCUGAGCAUCAUUGACCCAGGUGAUUCCGACAUUAUCAAGUCUCUGCCUGGAGAUCAGUAAGAGUUGGUGAUCUAGUAGUCAUUCCCUUUAAACAAUCUAGAAAAUGUUUUACCCGGGAUGCUCUAAACCAUUUUACUGAUGUUGAGAGAAUCUGUAGUAUCUUUUUGUUCUUUGUGUUUUGGAGUUAUACCAAGAUUCUAGCGUAUUUUGGUAUUAUCUAGUUUUGUUGGUUUUAUCAUUUCUCCAGAAGUUUGAGGCCAAAUACAUUAUGAUUUAUUCAUAGAUCAAUUUCCCUCGAUAAUUUUGCAUAUCUGAAUGAGUUCACUUGCUGAUAAA